AUGGCUGCGUUACAAAAUCGGUCGUCUAGCGCAUCAAAGUCAGGAUGGCAGAAGCUCCUCCAGCAAUGCGUUGGCCAAAGGAUAAGCUCGGACGAGUUCCAGGAACUAGCUAGGGUAAUGCUACGCCGCCAUCCUAUUGCGAGCAAAGACCUGGUCGAUAUUAUACUGGAGUCAAGGACGGUUACAGAGUUUGACUGGGACCCAUUGGUACCGGACUAUGUGGACGCUAUACAUAGGCUUGCUCAUAUUGAUAUCUUCGAAAUUCUGCCAUCUCUGCUAGCCCACUCAAGCAUUCAAUCCGAUGUCCAGCACCGGAAGAAGCAGGACAAAACGCAUAAUGACAGCGCCAAUCACGAAAUCGAUGGGGGGAAGGCCUCGGUCCCAGAAACUCUGAAAAAACCGACCACCUUGCUGACCGACUAUGGCAUCAUACAAAAUGUAAUUACAGCUGUGACCACCGGCCAUGCUCCAAAGACCGCUCUCGGAUUCAUGAAUACCUGCUCCGCAAUUGCCGAUUGGAUCUUGACCCUAAUAUCGUGGAGUCGAUUAACCGAGACGGAGAAGGGUGAGGGUGGUGGAGGACAGUUGCUAAGCUCGCCCGAUGUUGUUUCAAUAUUUGUAGCAAUCGGGUUUUUGUUCGGGGCCUUGGCAGGAACUGAAAUAGGUGCAACUGCACUAUCAUCCCAAAAUUCAGAAACCUUUAAGCACCAACGAAAGAAAUUGGCUCAGGCCCUGACAGCGCUUGAUGCGUUACAGAAAGAAUUUGGCCUUUUCGUGAAAGAGAGCGAGAAAACUACCCAAGAUCCAGCGAUGGAAGAGAUGAAUGUUUCUACUCUGGAGUUUGAAUCGAGGGUGGUGGAUAUUCCUCCUGUUAGCUCUAGGGCCGGGCUAUAUAUAUAUGUCAAUUCUCUGCUUGUAGGACGGCCUUUAAUAGAUGACAACGUCCUUAUCAACUACCUAAAUAAUCGCUAUGGGGGAAAUCACAUGGCACUGGUUGAAGAACUAAUCACAGCAUCAUUCGACGUCCUGUCCAACGGUAUGUACCGGAAUGAGCCACAUAAAACGAUGUUCCUCUUCCGGGCCUUUCUCGUGAAUAAGCUUCCCCCAUUUCUUGCAGACCUUGCAGGAUCGGUGGUUGAGCCUAUACCGGUUGAACUGUGUAUCACUCGUGCUUUGGCACGGGUAGACCCAAAUACAUUCCCAUCGUUUUCAGAAAUAUUUUCUAUGCACGGCAAUUCGGUUUUAUCCGAUAUCAAUAAUAGCCCCGAACGAGCAGAGCAAUUGCUGAGUGGGAUUGAAUCGAUGGAUGGCAAUGCAAAGGCAAUCGUCGAGGCUAUAGCUGAGUAUAUGCAACUCCUUGUCGCGCAGGCCGCAAGCGUUGGAUAUUAUGUUAUUGUUCAAAAGCCCGUUGAGCAUAUUGCAGCCUCUAUGUGCUUUAUUGGAUUCCUGGAAAUGGGAGGAGGACCAAGACAAGGGGAGAGUCAACCCGUUUACGACGAAUUCGGAAGCGUGUUACUUUUGGUUCUGGCUUUCAAGUACAAAUACGAUCUCAGCUACCAAGACCUUGGAGUUUACAACCCCGACUCUUUUAUGUGCCGCCUGCUCGAGAAAGGCGCCUCAAGUCAAAAGCUUGAAGACUUAACAGAGAAACAAACCCACAAUCUCGGCGCUUGGAUUACAGCGUUAUUCAUAGCUGAAGGCAUUAGUGAUGAAUCUAUGUCGUCUUGCAGCCCGCAAGAAUUCUACCUUUUGGUUGCUACACUUUUUAGCCAGAGCUUAAGUGCAUGCGAAGCUGGAAAACUGGAAUUUGAUACUCUUAAGGGUGGAUUUGAGUAUCUUUUAGAACCGUUUCUACUACCUUCGUUGGUAAUGGCUUUAACCUGGCUAAGCAAACACAUCUGGAAAUCCGGCACCGACCUCACAACGUCGCUUCGCCUUCUGUCUACGCUUGUGAAGCCAACUUCCAUAUCUGGGGAGGCCCAGGAGAUUCAUCGCACGGUAUUAUCCAUUACUGCACGGGCUCUCGAGGAUGAGCUUAAAGACGCGAAAGCCCGCCACCCUUCAAGGACAGACAUCGAGCCUAUCCUAAAUGCCCUUGAGCCGUAUCAGUCUUUCCAACGGACCGGGAUUUCUAACCGAGCUGAGCUAGAAGGAUGGAGAUCCAACUCUGCGCCUGGCGGCAUGGUCACCGGAAUACGAAAUACUUUCUCAUCAUUAGUACUCUGGAGUACAGACCCGGAGAUCAGCAUGACGCCUCCAAGCUAUACACACAGGCAACUGCUGGCCGGAUUGAAGCAUCUAGGCGCCAUCCGAGUUUUUGCAGGAAUACUAGAAGAGCUUAAACUGCAAAGUGAAACAGGGAGUGGUGAUUUAGCUAUUGAUAUCGCAGCUACUCUAAUAUGUGCGCCUAUGCGCGAAUGUUUCUCACUGGAACAGGCAACAUAUCAACCUAUCGACGACACUUUGAAAGACUCCCUGCCUCGUUGUCAAAUGCUUAGCCUGAGGGAUGCGCUUAAUCUUCAGAGAGAAUCGCUAAGUAUAGUGAUAGAAACUGAGCCCCAUCGAGCCGAGCUCAUUAUCCGCCUCUCCAGGCGCGUCGCAGCCCUUACGUCCGUCCCUCAAAUGCCCCAGACAGUUGAUAAUAUUGACGUUGGCAACAUCAUGGAAGAUAUGGAUCUUACAGGCGUUGGCGAGGGCGGACAGAUGCAGUUGGAUGUUGGAGAGCAGCCGGACCAACAGCGCCAGCAGCAGCAGAAUCAAGGCAUUACAGGGACAGGCGCAACUCCAGGAAGCCUAGAUGCGAUGUUGGAUGCCGCAGCUUCAGAGGCAAUAGCAGGGCCGUCAACCGGUAAUGAAGUUAAUAUGACCCAGGCAGAUAUGGACACCAGUAUUUUUGAUGAUGUGUUAAACGCAGUGGAUAUGGGGGUUGGGAAUCCGGAGUUUAUCGACCUGGAUAUGGAAGGAAUGUUUUAA